UAGCAUUUUUUAAGUAAUAAACAAAAGAAUGAAUUGGUCUUACUUUAUAUUAAUGGAUUCUUGAUUAAGUUUCACCUGUUUUUUCACUUUGGAGCAACAAUAAUGGCAGCGUUUAUCAGCGUUGACUUUCAGAACUGUUUCAUCUUCAUUCUCCUAUGCUUCUUCUCCCUCCUCUGUUAUUCUCUCUUCUUCAAGAAACCAAAGGACUCACGAGGCUGUGAUCUACCUCCCAGCCCUCCGUCUCUUCCGAUUAUCGGUCAUCUUCACCUUCUCCUCUCUUCUCUAUCCCACAAGUCUUUACAGAAAAUCUCCUCUAAGUAUGGACCUCUCCUCCAUCUCCGGAUCUUUAAUGUCCCCAUCAUCCUCGUUUCAUCGGCUUCAGUUGCAGACGAGGUCUUCAGGAUCCACGACAUGAACAUCUCCUCUCGCGGUGCUGCUGCGAUCGAUGAGUCCCUCGUGUUUGGAUCUUCUGGUGUCGUCUACGCUCCCUAUGGAGAUUACUUGAAGUUCGUGAAGAAGAUCAUUGCCACUAAGCUGCUUCGACCUCAGGUGUUGGAGCGGUCACGAGGUCUUCGUGCUGAAGAGCUACAACGACUUUACAACAGAAUUCUUGAUAAGGCGAAGAUGAAUGAGAACGUUGAGAUCGGUAAGGAAGCGACGAUGCUCAUGAACAACAUCUUCUGUAGGAUGAGCAUGGGAAGGAGUUUCUCAGAGGAGAAUGGUGAGGCAGAGAGAGUCAGAGGCUUGGUGGCUGAAUCAUAUGCCUUGGCGAAGAAGAUUUUCUUCGCAUCUGUACUGCGCAGACUGCUUAAGAAGCUUCGGAUCCCACUAUUCAAGAAGGAUAUCAUGGAUGUUUCCAACAGAUUCAAUGAGCUGCUAGAGAAGAUUCUUGUGGAACACAAUGAGAAACUGGACGAGGAACAUAAAGACACGGAUAUGAUGGACGUGUUGUUGGCAGCUUAUGCAGAUGAAAACGCUGAGUAUAAGAUUACUAGGAAUCAUAUCAAGUCAUUUUUCGUGGAGCUUUUCGUGGGAGGCACUGAUACCUCGGUGCAAACAACACAAUGGACAAUGGCCGAGAUCAUUAAUAACUCUGACGUUCUUGAGAGGCUGAGAGAAGAAAUUGACUCUGUUGUAGGGACAUCAAGAAUGAUUCAAGAAACAGAUAUACCAAACCUUCCUUAUUUGCAAGCGGUGGUUAAGGAAGGACUAAGAUUGCACCCACCAUUUCCUCUCUUGACGAGGAAGUUUGAAGAAAGGUGUGAGAUCAAAGGGUUCUACAUCCCGGAGAAGACAUUUCUUAUUAUAAAUGCUUACGCUUGGAUGAGAGAUCCUGAUUCCUGGGAAGAUCCUAAUGAGUUUAAGCCGGAGAGGUUUUUAGGUUCUUCAAGAUUAGGACAAGUAGACGAGAGAGAGGAAGCUCAGAAGUACAUUCCUUUCGGCGGAGGAAGGAGAGGCUGUCCUGGAGCAAAUCUAGCUUCUAUUUUCGUAGGAACCGCGAUUGGAGUGAUGGUGCAGUGCUUUGACUGGGGAAUCAAAGGAGAUAAGAUCAACAUGGAAGAGACUUUUGAAGGACUGACCCUUACCAUGGUUCAUCCAAUUAAGUGCACUCCGAUUCCUCGAACACUGCCUUUUGUAACUUCUAAUCUCCAGAGUCCUAGCUCUUGACACCUAACUCAGGAACCUGUAAGAAGUUUGCUUUCUUCAUGUUUGUUGUAUUGAAAGUCUAACAUUCAGAUCAAAGAAACUUUAUAUUCCACCACUAAUAUACAAAGCCUGCUAUGUAAUAAUAUCUUUGGUUUGUAAUGCGAGAGAACCUUGUUGAAUAAUUGCGAUUCUAUAUAACUUUGAUCUGUUGCCAAAA